AUGGGCAAAAAAGCUAAAACAGGAAAACUCCGUCGAGAUAAAUUCUAUCAUUUAGCUAAAGAAUCUGGUUUUCGAUCUCGUGCUGCAUUUAAAUUACUGCAAUUAAAUCGUGAACAUCGUUUUCUCGAAAAUGCUCGUGUUCUUAUUGAUCUCUGUGCAGCACCUGGUGGUUGGCUCCAAGUUGCUGAAAAACAUAUGCCUGUAGCAAGUUUAAUUAUUGGUGUUGAUUUAGCGCCAAUAAAACCCAUUCCACAUACAAUAACUUAUCAAGAAGAUAUUACAUCUGAAAAAUGUCGACAACUAUUAAAAAAAGAUCUAGGAACAUUUAAAGCUGAUGUUAUUCUUCAUGAUGGUGCACCUAAUGUUGGUAAAAGUUGGAUACAUGAUGCAUAUCAACAGAACGUUUUAACAUUAAAUGCACUUAAAUUAGCAACAGAAUUUUUACGUAAAGGUGGUAUAUUUGUUACUAAAUUAUUUCGUUCGAAAGAUUAUUAUUCAUUAUUAUGGGUUUUUCAACAAAUGUUCAAACGUGUUGAUUCAACUAAACCUCAGGCUUCACGUAAUGAAUCAGCUGAAAUUUUCGUUGUAUGUCAAGGCUAUUUAGCACCUGAUAAGAUCGAUCCAAAGUUUCUUGAUUAUAAACAUGUAUUUACUGAAGUUGAUAAUGAUGUAACUGAAGCACAAAAUAAAGCAAAACUACGAUUAAAACAUCCUGAAAAAUUUAUUCGAAGUCGAGAAGGUUAUCCAGAAGGAGAUUAUACUUUAUAUCACAAAUUAGAUGCAACAAAAUUUAUUCAAAGUGAAAAUUUUCUUGAUCAUUUAGCUACUGCUAAUGAAAUUAUUCUUGAUGAUGAACGAAUACUUCAACAUCCACAAACAACAUCUGAAAUAAAAGAAUGUAUUAAAGAUAUUAAAGUUCUUGGUCGAAGAGAAAUAACUUUAAUUCUUGCUUGGCGUCGUCAUUUAGCUGCAUCACUUUUUAAAAAAACUCUUCCUUCUAUUGAACAACAAUUGGAUGAAACAAAAAAAGAAGAAAAAACAGAAAAAGAUCAAGAUGAUGAAAAUGAUGAAGAUGAUGAUAUUGAUAAAGAUAUUGAAGAACAAUUACUUAAACUUAAUGAACAACAAAGAAAAGAAGCUAAAAGAAAACGUAAACAUAUAAUGAAAGAAAAACGAAAAAUACGUGAUCGUCUUGCACUUAAAAUGAUAUUACCUGGAGAUAUUCAUGAUCAUGAAACAGCUGAAGGUGGAAAAAAUGAUCAAGGAUUAUUUGAUCUUGAAAAAAUAAAAACAAAAAAACAAUUACUUGAAAUUUCAGCUGCUUUACCUGAUAUUGAUUUGCGUAUUGAUCAUAAUAUUAACAAUGAUGAUGAUGUUUAUCUUGGUCAAGAAAAAAAUCGAAUACCUCGUGUAUCUUAUGAUAAAGAUAAAAAUAAUCAUGAUUUAUCAUCAAUUGAAAUCUAUAAACAAUAUCUUGAUGAUGAUGAAGAUGAAGAUGAAGAUGAUAAAAAUCAAUCAAUUCCUUAUGAUUCUGAACAACGGCCAGUAAAACUCGAUAGUGAUAUCGAUGAUGAUGAAUCUGAAAAUGAAGAUAAUGAUAAUAAUGAAUGGGAAGAUGAAGAAGAAAAUCCACUUGAUAUGGAUAUUAUUGAUGCUUCAACAAAAUCAGCUAAAGCAAAAACAGUAGCUGAUAUUUGGUUUGAACAAGAUAUAUUUAAACAAACAUUACAAGAUGAUAAUGAUGAUGAAGAAUUUGAACUUGAAAGAAAAUUAAACGCACUUAAAUCAGAUGGAAUAUCUAUUCUAGGUAAACCAUCUAAAAGUACCCUCAAAACAAAAAAAAAUGAUGAUUUGAGUGAAUCAGAAGAUGAUGACAAACCUAAAAAAUCUAAACGUGCAUUAAAUGAUGAUGGAUUUGAAGAAGUACCUAUUGAUCAACCUAUGAAGCGUAUUCAUCUUGAUGCUGAAGAUUUAGCAUUAGGUCAUGUUAUGGCUCAAUCAAAAAGGAAUCGUGAACAGCUUAUUGAUCAUUCUUACAAUCGUUUUAUGGGUUAUGGUGAUAUUGAAGGUUUACCUACAUGGUUUAUUGAAGAAGAAAAACAACAUUGUCGAGCAAGUUUACCUGUAACAAAAGAACUUGUUGAACGAUAUAAAGCUAAAAUGAAAGAAAUUGAUCAAAGACCAACGAAAAAAGUUGCUGAAGCUAAAGCACGAAAGAAACGACGUGAAUUACGUAAACUUGAAAAAGUUAAAAAGAAAGCUGAACCAUUACUUGAAAAUGCUGAUUUAGAUGAUAAAGAACGGAAUAAACAAAUUAAAGAUCUAUAUCGAAAAUAUGGCGUUAUUGGACAGAAAAAACCUAAUGUUAAAUAUGUUGUUGCUAAAAAAUCUCAACGUGGAGCUGCUCGACCAUCCGGUGCAAAAGGACCUUAUAAAGUCGUUGACAAACGUUUGAAGAAAGAUAAACGUGCAGCUAAACAACGCAAUAAAUUUAAUAAAAACAAACAAUCAAAUAGAAAAGGACAUAAACAACAAAAAUCAUCAAAAAAUAAUAAUAGAAAAAAUCGAACAUAG